UGUGGCUUUCUUUAGUCGUAGUACAGUACGUGUCGGUUAUAAAUGUCUGCUAUGCAAUAAUGUCCGACAUACGCACAACUGUGUCAACAUCAACAUGCGAGGAAGAUGACGAUCAGAGAGCAGAAGCCCGGCAACAAAUGUCGGCGAGCACUGGCUCGACAGCUGCAGAGACGACCGAUCCAGCGUCCGACAGCGUCGAGAGCUUGUCAAGUUCAGCGGACCAGUUGUCCCCAGAAAAUGCCUGCCCGGAUGAAGCAGCUCUGGAGGAUAUCUCUGUCAAAUUUCCAUCGAAACUGUACGGUGGACUGGCGGAAAGUAUCGUUAAGGGGACGGCGGACGCGAUGAUGAAGUACUGCACUGCGUUGCGGAGACCCGACUACAAGGCCAAAAAGCGUACGAUCAGCAUCGCACACAAGAUCGUCGUUCGUGCUUCGAAAACCGCGAACCACGUGCUGGUCAUGGGCACUGUCAACUUUAUGCUGGAUCCGUUACCGUGCCCGUUUUCCGAGCAGCAGACGGCUUGCACAGAGUUCCGCGCUCGCGAGCCGCGUUUGCUGCAGGCGCACCUGCAGACUAAGCACGGCCUGCACAACGUCCUCCUGAACUUUGUGUGUCCCUGUCCGGCCCGGUUGAACGGCAAGCGGAUCUGCCCGGUGGUGCGCUUCGACCCCGGCGACAUGUACAUGCGCCGGCACCUGCGGGAGGACCACCGGAAGUACUCUGAGGAGGUCUAUGCGGCGCUGGUGUCGGCCGAGAAGGGCGAGGAUCCGCAGGUCACCCAGAAACGUCAGAAUUUUAUGCGCCGUACUCGCCGCGUGUACUUCCCGGGGUGGACUAACAAGAAGGGGGAGCUCUUCCCCAGCCAGAUCAUUCCCGACCGGAUUGUUUUCCCGACGAAAGUCGACGAGCACAAGCAAAUCCGGUACAUCUGCAAGAUUGAUGCGUGCCGCAAGGAGAAAGCCGCGAAGGGACACCGGUGCGCUCCCGGCAGCGUGCAGCAUCACCUGUGGACGCAGCACGAGUCCCGCUUCGAUCCGGGCACCAACUUCUACAUCCAGUGCCCGGCUACGGAGGUAUGCCAGGAAAUGGUGUACGCCGGUGAUCAUCAGCUGGAAUCGCACGUUAAGGCGCUGCACCCCGAGAUGCUGGGCUGGAGCGCGGACUACUCGGAGGCCGCCAAGAAGGUACUAUCGGAAAGCGUUGAGGACCAGAUCCCCACUGCCCGCAUCGGCGAGGCCCUCACCAACCACAGUCUGCCGCCGGACGAUGCCAGCCAACUGUUUCUGCACUUUACAAGUGUCCUGUCGCGGUACAGCUAG